AUCUGGUCUGCGCCGAGUGAGACCCAAGACAAAGAAAAAGGAAGAUUGUGGCGGGAGACGGAAGGAAGCCUCUUCUUUUUCCCUCCGCCAAUCCCUCUCAAUUUUUGAACUCCCAAACGACGUGUCCUUAUAGACACAUCAACAAAGCCACAAGCACUCGAACGUCAUUCCCACUGCCCACAUAGCUCCCCUCCUCAAAUCUUAGUCUCUCCCAAAUGGACAACCCCUCCUCUGUUCUUCUAUGAGCAUUUGUACUUUGAUCUCUCCUUCAUAAUUUCUGGGUUUUCUAUCUUGUAGUUGACAGCUUUCCACCACCUCUUUUUCCCUCUUUGUUUUCUUUUGGCAUCCCUAGUCUUCCUCUUGUUUCAAUCUUCAUCCUAAUCCUUUUCAACCAUUUCCCCCUUCUCUCUCUGUCUCUCUGUGAGGGGCUUAUCAGAAAUUUCCCUCCUUUGCAGGGGAGUUAUCAUCUGCUGGGCAUCCCAUCAUUCUUCAAGAUGGCUGUCAAGGGUUUGUUUUGAUUACCACCCAUUUCUAAUCUACCGUUGUUCUGGUCCUUGCCCUCAUCUCGAACUCAAUCGUUUUUUGUGCCCUUCGUGUUUCUGAAACCUUUCUGAGAAAGAUGGCUGAGGCGUUUCAGGAUGAGGUCGAGCAAACGGUAACAAUCGAUGAAUACAUUCAGGGAAUGGAGGAGCAAGAACUGGAGGCUGAUUUGGUAUUGGGUGGCGAUGAGGGCAACGAGUGUACCUAUAAUAAAGGGUAUAUGAAGAGGCAGGCAAUCUUUUCGUGCCUCACGUGUACCCCCGAUGGAAAUGCUGGAGUUUGCACAGCUUGUUGCUUGGCUUGUCACGAUGGCCACGAGGUUGUGGAGUUGUGGACGAAAAGAAAUUUCAGAUGUGAUUGUGGAAAUUCAAAGUUUGGAAAUUUCACCUGCAAGUUGUUUUCAGAUAAAGAUCCAGAAAACAAGGAUAACUCAUAUAAUCAUAACUACAGAGGUGCCUAUUGCACGUGUGGCCGCCCAUAUCCUGAUCCAGAUGCUGUAGAGCAGGUGGAGAUGAUCCAAUGCUGCGUUUGUGAGGAUUGGUUCCAUGAGAAUCACAUAGGUCUCGGGCCCUCUGAAGAGAUACCUAGAGACGAUGAGGGAGAGCCAAUAUAUGCAGAUUUUAUAUGCCAAGAUUGUGCAAUCAGUUGUUCUUUCUUAAAGCUUUAUCCUCCUUCAAUUUGGGUGCUGUCUGGUAGAAGGCAUAUGGUGGUGGAAAAUGGUUCGUCAUCCUCUGUGAUGCCUGAGAAGGAUAUUUUCUCUGGAAAUCAAACAUCAAAUUCUGUGGUGAAUGAUGCUGGUUGUGGUGCAGUAUUAAGUGAGGAAGGCAUGGAAGCCAAAGGAAAUGUUGAAAACAAUGGUGACCUGAUCCAGGAAAACACUUGUGAUCCUCAUGUCCAAACUCCAGCCUGUGUUUUAGGACAUAACCUACUCGAGGCAUCCCUUGUUCUGGAGAAGAAACCAAUGUUUCUUUCAAAGGGGUGGAGGGAUCAGCUUUGCCACUGUGAAAAUUGCCGGGAAUUCUAUGAUAAGAAAAAUGUUGCUUAUUUGAUUGACAAAGAGGACUCCAUGGAGGAAUAUGAGAAGGUGGCAAAGCAGAAAAGGGCAGAAAAUUUACAGCAGCAGGAGGGUGCAGAACUGAAUUUUCUCAAUAAACUUAAUCAUGUUCAACAAAUAGAGAUUCUUAGUGGCAUAGCUGACAUGAAGAAUGAAUUUCGAUCUUUUCUGGAGUCUGUUGACCCAUCUAAGCCAGUAACUCCAGCAGAUAUCAAGCAGGUUUUUGAUAACCUUGCGAGAAAGAGACAGCGGCUGCUGUAGUUUCUGCUCCAUUUUGUUCUUUUUAGCGUUCAGUCCUGCAGACUUGUCCACCAUCAUGUACAGUGAACAAGAAGCUUUAAACUUUGUGAACUUGUUUGGUUAGGUCUCAAGUAUUGGUGGAUGACUUGAAGUCUUUGAAUACCUUUGUGGCUCGUUUCUUCUCAAUCGUCAUAGAAGAAGAAAUGUAACUUCACAAACUCAAGUGAAAUAGUCAUAUUUAAAGGGCAUGUGACUUCGUAUAGACUUGAGUUUUUAUCUUUUAUCUUUGGAUUUUCUGACUCUUAUCUCAGGCCUUUUUUAUGUAAGUGUUCUUAAAAAUGGCAUUAGUAUAGUUUACAUUCUUCAAUUAUUUCCUUUUUCCUAAUA